GGGCAGAAUCGGAAAUUUUGUUAAGCAACAGCAAAAAAACCAAAGCAACCUUGAGAAACACGAUAAUUACCUUACCUUUUCCCUCCCGGAUUUGGACUUCGGAGUGUUCCUCUCCCCCCUCCCCUCAGAACUCCUCCAUGACUCCAUCUCCGGCCGCGAGCUCCCCACCGUGAUUAGGGGGCAACCCAACGCUAACUGCCGGAGCAUAACCCUAACCGCUAACUGCCGCCAUGAGAGGGUCCAAGUUCAAGCUCCUCGCUCUCCCCAUCCUGCUCCUCCUCCUCUUCCUCUUCGCCGCCGCGCCGCCCCGCGUCCUCCGGGGGCUCCUGGAGGCGCCCCUCCGCGCGCCCGUCCUCCCGGGAGACCUCCUCCCGCUCCUGCCGUGGCCCGUGGCGCAGCCGCUGCUGCGCCGCCUCGCGCUGCGGGGCCCCGCCGACCUGCUCCCGGCCUUCGUCGGCGCCGCGCGCGCGCCGGUGGACGGGGAUGCCGGCCCCACCGCGGAGUGGAAGGGGGCCUGUUUCUACGAGAACAAGGCGUGGGUUGAGUUCCGCAACGGGACCAACGGGGGACUCGGGGGCGGCAUAGUUCAUGUGGAGACAACGAAAGCACACAGCUGGACUUGCAUUGAUCUCUAUGUAUUUGCAACACCUUACCGUGUGACAUGGGAUUACUACUUUUUGGGGCGAGAGCACACCCUAGAUAUCAAAGAAUGGGAAAGUGAGGCUGAGUACGAAUAUGUGAAACGUAAUGGGGUGUCCAUUUUCCUCAUGCCAUCUGGAACAAUUGGAACGCUUCGAGCACUUUGGGAUGUCUUCCCUCUGUUCACAAAUACUGCAUGGGGUGAAAAUGCAAAUCUUGCUUUUCUCAAGAAGCAUAUGGGUGCUACAUUUGAGGAACGGCCGAAACCUUGGGUAUCAGAGUUAAAUCCUGAUGACAUCCACUCUGGAGAUUUCUUGGUUCUAUCAAAGAUUCGUGGACGCUGGGGUGGUUUUGAAACACUGGAGAAGUGGGUUACUGGUGCUUAUGCUGGCCAUACCGCAGUUUGCCUUAGGGACUCUGAUGGAAAGCUUUGGGUUGGGGAAUCUGGUAAUGAAAAUGAAAAGGGAGAAGAUGUUAUUGCUAUCUUGCCCUGGGAGGAAUGGUGGGAGUUUGAAGUGACGAAGGAUGAUUCAAAUCCUCAGAUUGCACUGCUUCCUUUGCAUCCUGAUUUACGAGCGAAGUUUAAUGAGACAGCCGCUUGGAAUUAUGCAAAAAGCAUGAAUGGGAAGCCUUAUGGGUAUCACAAUUUGAUAUUUAGCUGGAUCGAUACUGUCAGUGGUAACUAUCCACCACCAUUGGAUGCUCAUGUGGUUGCUUCUGUUAUGACUGUAUGGACCAAGCUUCAACCAGAGUAUGCUGCUAAUAUGUGGAAAGAAGCCCUUAACAAGCGCCUUGGAACUAAGGAUCUUGAUCUUCCUGAAAUCAUUGUGGAAUCAGAGAAACGUGGGAUAACAUUUGAGAAGUUACUAACUGUUCCUGAGAAAGAUAAUUGGGUCUAUAAAGAUGGUCAGUCAGCAUCUUGUGUGGCUUUCGUCCUUAUGAUGUACAAGGAGGCUGGGCUCUUUGACCCUAUUUCGAGCUCUAUUGAAGUUACUGAAUUCACAAUAAAAGAUGCUUACACCCUCAACUUUUUUGAGAACAACUCAACCCGGCUUCCCAAGUGGUGCAACAAGGACGACAGUGUUAAGCUCCCCUUUUGCCAAAUCAAGGGCAGGUACCGGAUGGAGCUGCCUGGAUACAACACCAUGAAACCAUACGCCCACAUGAACGAAAGAUGUCCAUCCCUGCCUCCGGAUUACAAAAGGACAAAGGGCUGCUAGUGCUAUCUAGACUUGCUGUGUGCUUUUUAUUCACGCUGUCUUGUAGCCAAAAUCUUCAGUUGUACAUAAAACUGUAGGGUAUGGAAUGUACUUCCUUGGCAUGCAUAGAUUGCAGUCAAGAAUCAAGAUAUGUCAACUUCCUCGAAUAUGGAAGACCAUGACUGUACAGUAAAGAUACACAGCUGAUGCCCCAAUAGUCACGCUGCGCUAGGGUCCCUGAAAGGCUGAAACAUCUUUAGUUCUUUCAUUCAGUUUCUCUCAUAAACUGUAUAUGUAUGUAUCCUUGUAUCGAAAGCUGGUUAUAAAAGGUUCAGCCCUUCCUGCUAUUUGAUUUG